CCGUUAGUAAAGCAUUAGUCUGAAAUUUGCUGUUAAAACUAUCAUCAGAAUCGUAAACAAAAUGAGUUAUGUAACAUUAACUUUUGUUGGAGUGCUCCUGGUGCUCCAGUUAUGCUUUGCUAUUCCUAAACCAGACGCUGAUUCGCCCGUUUCGCAUCAUGAAUUUAAUACAGAUAACAAAUUGUAUAAAGCUACUCUCGAGGCGUUCGUUAAAAUGGCCAUACCGUUAGGUGAACAAUAUGGCGAUGUGUUAGAAAAAGUUUUAGAGGAUUUGAAAGCGCACGAAGAAGCGGCUAAUUAUGAAACUCAAAUAGAACAUUUGGAAGAACUUGUUAAAGGUGCUAAACAUUUGAAAGGUGACAGCGAUGACGAAACUUUGCAUAACAUUUUAAAACUGGAGAGUGACGUGGCUGGUGCUCAGGAGAAAAGCAAAAAGUCGUCCAAACCUCAUCUGGUCCACGAUUUGUUUGAGAAAGAUGGCGGAAAAGACUUCCUUGAAGUGUUCCGUAAGGAUUUCGUUGAAUUCUUUGAUGGUUUCGAUGAUGCUUUCGAGGAAUAUGCUAAAGACUUGAGUGAAGAGGAGAAAGCCGAUCAUGAAGAUUUUUUGAAAUGGUUCAAGGAAUUCAAAGAAGCGGAUGGUUUUGAUAAACAAUUCGAAAAGUUUGUAGGGUUCUUUAAGUUUUUCAAUUCUGAAAAUAUUUUAGAAAUAAGGAAGUAAAUAUAUAUAUUUUUUAAAUACAACGUUAGAUGU